CGUCGUCUUCUUCUUACCAAACUCGAUCUCGACAUUACCGAAGAAAACCGCAGUGCACAGCCAUGGCUUCUGCAUCCUUCACGCUCUCCCAGGCCAUCCUCUCACGCUCCACCAAUCACCGUCACCGUCUCCCCCCCUCCGCCGCCCCGACUAUUUCAAUUCCAUCCUUCUCCGGCCUCAAAUCCGCCUCGAAUCACUUCUUAUGCACCAUUCCCCGCCGCCAAACCCCUAACCUAACUCACCUCCCGGCGAUCAGAGCCUCCGCCGCCGUCGAGACCGUCGAGAAGACGUCCGAUGUCCAGCUUGUGGAGAAGUCGGUCAACACGAUCAGAUUCCUGGCGAUCGACGCCGUGGAGAAGGCCAACUCCGGUCACCCUGGCCUCCCGAUGGGCUGCGCUCCGAUGGGACACGUUUUGUACGACGAGGUUAUGAGGUACAACCCGAAGAAUCCCUAUUGGUUCAAUCGAGACCGCUUCGUGCUCUCCGCCGGCCAUGGAUGUAUGCUGCAAUACGCCCUCCUUCACCUCGCUGGAUACGAUUCCGUCAAGGAGGAGGAUUUGAAGAGUUUCCGACAAUGGGGAAGCAAGACUCCCGGCCAUCCCGAGAACUUCGAGACUCCCGGCAUCGAAGUCACCACUGGUCCUCUUGGCCAAGGAAUUGCGAAUGCUGUUGGUUUAGCCCUGGCCGAGAAGCACUUGGCAGCUCGAUACAACAAACCGGAUUGUGAAAUUGUCGACCAUUACACAUACGCGAUUCUUGGCGAUGGGUGUCAAAUGGAAGGAAUCGCAAACGAAGCCUGCUCAUUGGCGGGACACUGGGGACUCGGGAAGCUGAUUGCUUUCUAUGACGACAAUCACAUCUCCAUUGACGGAAAUACGGAGAUCGCGUUCUCUGAGAGCGUAGAAACCCGAUUCGAGGCUCUCGGUUGGCACGUGAUUUGGGUGAAGAACGGUAACACAGGUUACGACGAGAUCCGCGCUGCCAUCAAGGAAGCUAAGGCGGUGAAAGACCGGCCGACGCUCAUCAAGGUAACUACAACGAUCGGUUUCGGUUCUCCUAACAAGGCCAAUUCAUAUAGCGUGCACGGAAGCGCGUUGGGUGCCAAGGAAGUCGAGGCUACCCGAAAAAACCUCGGAUGGCCGCACGAGCCCUUCCACGUGCCGGAGGAUGUGAAAAAACAUUGGAGCCGUCAUACUCCCGACGGCGCUGCUUUGGAGGCCGAUUGGAAUGCCAAAUUCGAAGAUUACGAGAAAAAGUAUCCCGAGAAAGCGGCCGAGCUGAAAUCUAUCAUCGAGGGAAAACUCCCGACGAGUUGGGAGACGGCUCUUCCGAUAUACACUCCGGAAAGCCCGGCCGACGCUACUCGGAAUUUAUCGCAGCAAAACCUCAAUGCUCUUGCCAUGGUCCUCCCCGGCCUGCUCGGCGGAAGUGCCGAUCUCGCCUCUUCGAACAUGACGCUUCUCAAAAUGUUUGGAAAUUUCCAGAAGGACACGCCGGAAGAACGCAAUGUCAGGUUCGGCGUCCGCGAGCACGGCAUGGGGGCCAUCUGCAACGGCAUCGCCUGCCACAGCCCGGGACUGAUUCCCUACUGCGCUACAUUCUUCGUUUUCACCGACUACAUGAGAGCGGCGAUACGAAUCUCGGCCCUCUCGGAAACCGGCGUAAUUUACGUCAUGACCCACGACUCGAUUGGACUCGGAGAAGACGGCCCAACGCACCAACCCAUCGAGCAUUUGGCGAGCUUCCGGGCAAUGCCCAACAUUUUGAUGCUCCGUCCCGCCGACGGCACCGAGACCGCCGGCGCGUACAAAGUCGCUGUCCUAAACCGGAAGAGGCCCUCGAUCCUCGCCCUGUCCCGGCAAAAGCUGCCGCAGCUUCCAGGAACUUCAAUCGAAGGAGUCGAGAAAGGAGGGUACGUAAUAUCCGACAAUUCGUCGGGAAACAACCCCGACGUAAUAUUGAUCGGAACCGGGUCCGAGCUUGAGAUUGCCGCAAAGGCUGCCGACGAGCUCCGAAAAGAUGGCAAGGCUGUGAGAGUCGUCUCCCUCGUUUCGUGGGAGCUUUUCGACGAGCAAUCGAGCGAUUACAAGGAAAGCGUUCUUCCCGCUGCCGUGACGGCGCGGGUCAGCAUCGAGGCGGGAUCAACAUUCGGGUGGGAGAGAAUCGUCGGGUCGAAAGGUAAAGCUAUCGGAGUCGACGGAUUCGGCGCGAGCGCCCCUGCCGGUAAAUUAUACAAAGAGUUCGGGAUCACGGCCGAGGCUGUUGUGGCUGCGGCUAAGGAGUUAUGUUAGGUUUGAAUCUGUUGAUUUUCGAAGAUUUUUCGACUCGGCGCCGCCGCGCCGGCGGCCGGCCGGCCGGUUCGUCUUCCGGCCUUUUCCGAAUAAAGAUGACUAUAAGGUAUGUGUGUGAGGGUUUUGUGUUGUGUUAUUUUGUUGGUGAAAGUUUAGGAUGGAAUGAAGUUAUUGCAAUUUGAUUGUAGUGAUCAAUGAUGUUCUUUUUUGGAUUUGUUUUUGCCUAAACUUCAGAGAAGUGUGUUUCUUUAACCAUUAAAAUUCAGUUUCCUACUCUUUGAUUCUGUA